AUGGAAAAAUCCAAAAAUUUCCGCAUCGACGCCCUGCUGGCGGUGGAUCCCCCGCGAGCCGCCUCCACUCAAAGCGCGCCGCUGGCCUUGGUCACUUCGCUCGCGGCCACAUCAUCUGGCCCCGGUCGAGGCGGCAGCGGUGGCGGGGGCACCAGUAGCGGGGCGAGUCGCAGCUGCAGCCCAGUGUCCUCGGAGGCCACCACAGCGCCCGGAGACCGGCUGCGGGCUGAGAGUCCGUCGCCCCCGCGCUUGCUGGCUGCGCACUGCGCUCUGCUGCCCAAGCCCGGAUUCCUGGGCGCCGGAGGAGGCGGCGGCGCGGCGGGUGGACCGGGCACUCCCCACCACCACGCGCACCCGGGUGCCGCCGCCGCCGCCGCUGCGGCUGCGGCUGCCGCCGCUGCAGGCAGCCUGGCACUGGGGCUGCACCCGGGGGGCGCGCAGGGCGGCGCAGGCCUCCCCGCACAGGCGGCUCUCUACGGUCACCCGGUCUACGGUUACUCGGCGGCAGCGGCAGCGGCAGCGCUGGCGGGUCAGCACCCUGCGCUUUCCUACUCCUACCCUCAGGUGCAAGGCGCGCACCCCGCGCACCCUGCCGACCCCAUAAAGCUGGGUGCCGGCACCUUCCAGCUGGACCAGUGGCUGCGCGCGUCCACCGCGGGCAUGAUCCUGCCCAAGAUGCCGGACUUCAGCUCCCAGGCGCAGUCGAACCUCUUGGGGAAGUGCCGAAGGCCUCGCACUGCCUUCACCAGCCAGCAGCUGUUGGAACUGGAACACCAGUUCAAGCUCAACAAGUACCUGUCCAGGCCCAAGCGGUUUGAGGUGGCCACCUCGCUCAUGCUCACCGAGACCCAGGUGAAGAUUUGGUUCCAGAACCGCCGAAUGAAAUGGAAACGCAGCAAAAAAGCCAAAGAGCAGGCUGCGCAGGAGGCGGAGAAACAGAAGGGUGGCGGCGGGGGCACCGGCAAAGGCUGCUCUGAGGAGAAGGCCGAGGAAGAGCUGCUGGGCCCGCCGGUACCCGGGGACAAGGGCAGCAGCCGUCGCCUGCGGGACUUGCGAGACAGUGACCCUGAUGAGGAUGAGGAUGAUGAAGAAGACGACCACUUCCCCUACAGCAAUGGCUCCGGUGCCCACGCCGCCUCAUCUGAGUGCUCAUCCGAGGACGACUCUCCUCCACCACGGCCGGGUGGGCCCGGGCACCAUCCUCCGCCUCAGUAG